AUGGCAAGCACCACCACCGUGAACAAGACGGCGCACCCGUUCGACAAGGCGCGCCUGGAGGCGCUGCUCAAUCGCCGCUUCUUCUACGCCCCUGCGUUUGAGAUUUACGGCGGGGUGGCCGGGCUGUACGACUACGGCCCGCCUGGGUCUUCUCUGCAGAGCAACAUCAUUGCCGAAUGGCGCAAACAUUUCAUUGUCGAAGAGCACAUGCUGGAGCUGGACACGACCGUGAUGACGCCGGCGCCCGUGUUCGAGACGUCCGGGCACGUCGCGCGCUUCGCGGACUGGAUGGUGAAGGACGUCAAGACGGGCGAGGUGCUGCGUGCGGACCACCUCGUGAAGAACGUGCUGUCGUCUCGGCUGGCGAGCGAUCAGGAGGCGCGCGGGCAGGCAGCUCAGCCUCCCAAAGAAGACGAGAAGGCGAAGAAGAAGCCAAAAAAGGACAAGGCCAAGGCUGUGCCGGUGCGGCUGGCAGACGCGGUCGUGGCCGAAUACGAGACCAUUCUGGCACAGCUCGACAAUUACUCUGGUCCCGAGCUGGGCGAGCUGUGCCGGACGCACAAGAUCACGAACCCAGACACCGACAACGAGGUGUCGGAGCCGCAGCAGUUCAACCUGAUGUUCGCGAGCAGCAUUGGGCCGACCGGCCAGCACCCAGGGUAG